AUUUUUUGUGCAAGAAAGUAUAAUAUCUAGUCAUUUAUAACAUCCCUGAUGUGUAAAGUGCAAGCUAUGUGCAACUUAAAUGUCAACUUAGAACUAAACAUCAUUCUGAAGAAGAAUAGUAUUCACAUAACACUUCAGUGUAACAGAAGAAAAUAAGAUCAUCAUGAAGAUGCUUAUUGUAUUAUCUGCUAUGGUAGCCGCAGUGGCCUGCGCACCAACUGCCCUAGAGGAGCUCAAGGCACGUCGUGCUCUCCCUGCCCUUGAGUUUGAAGAAGUACGAGAUGAGUUUGGACAAUAUGCCCUCCGUUACGUGACAGCAGAAGGUACCGUGGUGUCCGAACGCGGUCACCUUGUACCCGCUGAGAAGGAAGGCGAUUACGUGCUCAUCGUCGAAGGUGAAGUCUCGUUCAUCAGUGAUGAUGGUGAACUAUACGUCACUAAGUUCACAGCUGGUCUCGAUGGCACUCAUGUUGAAGGCAAUCACCUCCCAGUCGCCCCAGAACCCAUCGUAGUGGAACCUAUAGCGGAAGUUGCAGUGCCUCAGUGAAUAA